AAACCUUUGCUUCCAUUCCCAGGCCUCCCACUGCGCCAGGCCAAGGAGAUGGAUCAUCCCACCAGUCCUGGUCUUACAAGGGACAAAGACCUGAGGGAUGGCUUUGGAAAGAUCCAUGCUGCAUUGUGUAUGUUGGCUCAAAAGAACUUAGGGCAGAAGGAUGCAGAGUUUUUGGAGAGAGAGAUGAAGAAAAGGAGAGAAAGGAAAACAUCCUUGCAGCUUAUUCCUGAGGCAGUCGAGCCUGGGGAUGCAGCUGAAGCAAACUUUAGCCUACCACCUGUCGAUGGCACAGCUUCUAGAGUGCAGAGAAAACACCCUGGUAAUGCCUUGAAGAAGAAGGUUGUGAGGAAGCAGGACAAGGUGCCCUUACUGCCCAGUACACCCAUCAUGCAUGGGGAUGGCAGCUUCCCAUGCAGCUCCUCAGUGACCUCGCUGAUGGCCACUGCUGCCAAGCGCCGAGAGGAGCCGCUCCGUGGGCACGGGCAGAAGGACAGAGCCUCCUCAGACCCACAGCAGUCCUUGCAGGAGGCACUCUCCUUGCUGGGCAGCGAUGACUGGGAGCUGAAGGAGAAGGGACUCUUCAGCAUCAAACACCUGGCUGGGUCCCAUUCAGAGGUCCUGCUUUGUAGACUUCAUGAGGUUUGCUUGGCAGUUACCAGCGAGGUGACCAACCUCCGUUCCAAGGUGUCCUACUCUGCAAUUGUCACUCUGGGAGAGCUCUUUGUGACCUUGAAGAAGGACAUGGACUCUGAGGUGGAUGAGGUUGCUCGGGUCCUUCUCCAGAUGGUGUCCAACUCCCCAGACUUUGUUCAGAAAGCAGCCAGUCAGACCCUGGGGAUCAUGGUGGAGAAUGUGACUCCUGCACGAGCAAUGACUGCCCUCAUGGACAUGGGAGUCAAGUAG